AUCUCCCGUAGCAUUUCCGCCAUCUCCUGCGGGUUGAGUACGGCCGAGUCCUGCUGCCCUUCGCUCGCUUCUUCUGGUAAAUUGCAGUUUGUUACCGCAAUUGCAGCUGCUAGUGGUGGCGAGGCAUGGGCCAUGGGAGAAAGACUAGUUGUUGCUGGUGUUUGGUAGUAGUAGCCGCGUAGGUCUCGUGGGUGUGCGCACCCUGCCUUCCCCGUCCCUAUCCGCCCGUCUCAUCGUCAUCCCCUUCCUGUCUUCAACUUCACCUUCCCUGUGUUUCCUCCCCGCUUCCUUCCGCUCUAGGGGUCAGCCAGGCAGUCCAGAUAAGAUUUGCUCUGGUUAGGCUACCUCCGCGCCGCGCUGGAACUCCCUCCCGGUGAGGUUGUUGAAACCGACAAGGAACGGGGACGUGGGGCCCGAGGAAGGUCACGCUGCUAGUUUUUUUCCUUCGCGAUCGAUCCCUUCCGCCUCCGGAUUCGCCCUGCUCUUGUUCCUCCGCUGUUUUCUCGAUCGGUUGGCUGGUGACUCUGCCCCUGCCCCUGCCCCUGCCCCGGCCCCGAUUCGGGGGAAUCUGAUUCGCCGUUGGGCGGGCGGGAGAGAUUGGGUUCUUGGUUCUGGUGCCGGUGCGCGCGGCGUAAUUUGGUAGCAGAUAGAAGCAGGAAGGGGGAGCAUCGGCCCUUGGCUGCGCUGCUGAGAAUCGCGGUCGGGGGAGGCUGAUCUUGGCGACGGUGGCCCGGCGGGGACCGGUGGCGGCCGCGGCGAUGGCCGACGGGCUGGAUCGGUGGCGCGGCUUCUUCCGUGGCGCCGGCGCUGGCAUCUGCGACGUCAUCGAGAACGCCAUCCUCGUGGCGGCGGCCGACGCGCCGCGGGACUUCCUGCACCGCCGCGACCGCAUCGCUGAGAGGCUCUUCACCGCGCUCCGCCGCGACGCGGCGCCGCCGUCCUUCGGCAGCGCCGCGGCGUCCACCACCCCGGCCACUCCCGUUGAGGAGGACAAGGGCAGCGUGCGCCGCGUCGCCGAGAAGGAGUGCAAGGUCGACAGCAGCAGCAACGGUACCCACGGCGGCGGCGGCCAUGGCCAUGGCCACGCCGAUGAGGACGAUGAUUCUGACUCUGACGACGAGCGCCUCCGCCGCGCCGCAGCGAGCAACUAUGGCCACAACUACGAUGAUGAUGACGAAGAUGGCGACCAACAGGAGGAAGAUGAGCAGCAGCAUGCCGCGGAUGAUACUGAAGAAGGGGAGGAAGACCACGACGCUGAGGAGCUCGAGGCGCUCACCAAUGAGAUCGAUGAGGAGUCACAGAUCGUCGGCGAGGUCCUCCGCAUCAAGGAACUCCUCCUGCACAAGGAAGACCAUUCGGAUGCCACUUUGUUCGAUUCACUGAGGAGGCUGCAGUUGAUGCAAUUGUCCGUCUCUACGCUAAAGGCUACUGAGAUUGGAAGAGCUGUUAAUCGGCUGCGGAAACACAACUCACGAGAGAUUCGGCACCUCGUGUGCACUCUCAUUGAAGGUUGGAAAGUUUUGGUUGAUGAAUGGGUCAGUACCACAAAUGCUGCCCUGACAGAGAACUCCCCUGGCUCUUCAAAUCCUUCUGUUGUGGAUGAAGAAGAGGAAGGGCUUCCAUCUCCACCUUUGGACGAAGGGGCCUUCUUUGCCACCCAAACCACUUCUAUUCAACUCUCUGAGUUCUUUGACGAAAUGGAUGAAGAUGGAAAUUUGAGACAUAGUAAUGACCCGAGCCUUGGAAACAAGAGGGGUAACAAUGGUGGGAGACUUGCAAGCCAUUCAACGGUUGCAAGGCAAGAUCCACCUCGCUCUUAUCCUGGAGUCGUCGAAAGAGUUCAACCCAGGAGGCUAGAACUGGCAAGGCAAGAGCCACCAAUGAGGCAAGCGAACCCACAAACCCUCCAAAGUUCAAGUUUGCAAGCCAAACCUCACGGUGCGCUCAACAAGCAGUCUAAUAAUCCCUCAAGUUAUGAAUCUGGACCGGGGAGACCAGUAAAGGCAGCUCAACAGAGACCAUUUGGUGACAUGAAACCUAAACAAACUCGAGAGCAUGUUGCUAUCGAGAGAAAGCCUAUGGCAAGCCAGACAGAUAAAUCAAGGCCCGGCGCUCGACCUUCGGCAGGAGCCAAGCUAGAGUUGGCAAAGCCAAAGGUUUACGAUGAUGGUCUGGAUAACAACAGGAAGCUGGAAGCAGCGAAGCGGAGGCUCCAGGAGCGGUACCAGGAAGCGGAGAAUGCGAAAAGGCAACGCACGAUUCAGGUAAUGGAGCUGGGUGACAUACCGAAGCCCAAGAAUCAAAACAGACAACCGGUGGUGAAGUCCAGGAAUAGCCUUAGGAAUUGGGCGAACGGGCGGCGCUAACUCCUCUGUGACCUUUUUUUUUUUUGUUUACCUCACCUGAUGAAUUGUUGCCAUGCCUGGCCUUGUCGGAUCAUGCGUUUAUUAUGCUCAACGAGGAGCAGAUGAACAAUCUUUUUUUUCUUUUUGCACAGAACCUUCAAUGGAGGGUUCUUUUGAAGUGGCAAGAGUUGCACUUGAUGCCAUGAGUGGAGACGAGAGUUUAGCCAUGUCUGGAUAAUGGACAUGUAGCUGGAUUUGUAUCGGCUGGUUCUUUCCUUCUUUCUUUCUUCUUGUUCUUCUUCUUCAAAGGAAGCUGCUGUAGAUACCAGAUAGAAUAAUCAGCAAUGUUUGGUACAGGUACAGCCACCUCUUUUUCUUUUUCUUUUCUUUUUUUUUACCGUCAGUCACUUUGAUCGCGGAACCAUUGACAAAAAUGCAACAAAC